AUGGAUCUAUCGCAUGGAUUGAUGGAUUAUACAGGUCAUUCCAGUGAUCCCAUACAAGCCAGUCAACAGCAGCCCAUUGUGUCACAGAAUAGUAUACAACCCAUUACGACCACGACUCAGCAAAAACGUCAGAAUUCUUUAUCGAGCUACUUGAUUCAGAAUUCCAACAAGCGGCAACCGACUAAUCCAAGCGGGCCAGCGAACGUGAAUCAAUCGGGUGUGGGUGUCAUAGCGGAACAGCAAAAUCCUCAAUUGACUGCCAGUAUCGCCGCCACCAACAACAGUUCCAAUUACCCCAACACGCCUACGGUGCCCCUGUCUCCCAGAUACAGUAGUACAAACAACAGUAUUAUGAGAAACACUGUAAGACGAAAUUUGAUUCAACAACAACAGCAACAGCAACAGCAACAACAACAACUGUCAGCAUUCAACGGCCAAACACCUACUCCUUCGACGUACGGUGUCCCCUCAAGUCCAAGCAUUCAAAUUAAUUCGGUCCAGAACAACUCGGAGCUGCCGGACUCCAACGAGUUUGAAAGUAGAGAGCCCAGACAGCAGUCUCUGUCCCAACCGCCAACACAGCCACUGCAGAAAUCAUUCACGGCCCAAAGUCUCGUUACUGCACCCACUCCACCAUCGCAACAGCAGCAUCAGCAUCAACAACAACAACAACAACAACAACAACAACGUACCACAGCGCACACCAUGUCUGAUGAAGAGCAACAGUUGGCCACCAAGUUAAAGGAAACGUACAAAAACAUAGUCAAUUAUGAAGAAAUUGUUCAAAAGGCAUGCAUUGAUUUGACGAUCAAGAUAAACCAAUCUACUCAUCUUCAACAGCAGCAACAACAGCAAGCGCAAGCCCAGGCUCAGGCGCAAUUGCUUCAAAUGCAGACAUCUAGUAUUGGUCCCUUCCUGUCAUCUUUGAAUUCGAUGUCUUCAUCCACAUCGUCGACGCACCCAAUUUCUUCAUCUACCAUCACAAAGACAACUUCAGAGUUAUCCAAUGACUUGUGGACUGUGUACCAUCACAACAUAACCCUUCUUGACAAUUACUACGACUUCCUAGUAACAGCUCUUAAGCCAUCACUGAACCAGACUCAUUUCAAAACAGGUAAAAAUAUUGUGGACUUAUAUAAGAUCCCAAGGAGAAUGUGGGUCUAUGGUAUUGUGGGAUUCUUGGAGGUGCUCAAAAAUAUCAUGAACAUCUUCCAAGACCAUGAAAUUUGCUCAUGUUUUAUUUCCUUUUGUUUCAACAUCAUUCUGAAUUUAACAGACCCCAUCUUGGAAAUGGAAGGAUGGUGGGGUGAAAAGUUAGGUGACUUGUCAAGAAUGGCUAUUGCCUUGUACCUGUCGCGAUUUAUUGACUGGAAGAUAAGUGCUGAAUAUUGGUAUUCAGUUUCCAUGAAAUCGUUGUAUGGUCAUGGAAAGAUCUAUUAUCACAUGUGCACAGUUCAACAGGACAAUCUAGAUGCAUUAGUCAAUAUUGGGAAGAGUGUAUUUUGUCACGACCCGUUUGUACCCACCCAACAGUAUUUAAGACUUGUUGUAGAAAAUAUCUGCACUCAGAGAAACAUAUUAAGUUUAUUGGAAUUACCAAGCAUCGAUUUUAUUAAAAUUCAUAAAGUGUUAUUGACUAUUUACCCCAACGGAGGUAGCAGCUCAAAUAGUACAAGUACAGCCAAUGGCAGUAAUAAUGGCGCCAAUAGUAAUAAUGACGGCCAUGGAUUGGGAAACAAUGGCAGCAUCCAAGACAAUCAGCUUCAAUAUGGUAUUGACUUAGUUACAAGAUACGGUUUAACUUUCGGUUCCGAUCCCAAUGGAUACAACUUUUUCACCAAAGAAUUGUAUGCACCACAAGGUAUCAACGCCAUUAAUGACCCUCAUCACCCAUAUUACCAACAACAACAGCAUCAGCAACAGCACCAGCAAUUGCAUCUGCUGCUGCAACAGGGGGUUCCCGGAGCCACUGGUGGAAUGCAAUCUUCAAAUAGCAUAGAGAAGUUAAAUUUCUGGUUCAACAAGGGCCCACUCUUUGCUAUUGCUAACAUUAACCAUUUAGUAGGAUUUGGAGAUGCAAGGAAUCCAUUUGCCAAGUUAUUUGAACUCCCUGAGGCAUUGAAGGAAAGGAAGGAUAAGAAAGACAGAAAAAGAAAAAGUAGAUCCACCUCAAAUUCAUCAAAUGCAGUCCAAGAAGAAGCUGCCAAUAUUAAUUCUCUGACAAUUGCCAAUGGGGCAGUUGACGGUCAAACUAUUACCGCCUCAGACCUCUCUGUAAGUGAUUGGUUUGUUUGUCUUCAAUUCAUUAACAAAUCAGUCUUGGAAUUGUCGAUCCGUAUUUUCCACCAUUAUUUGAUUGGGCCAAAACAGGCUUCUACUAGUCAUAUUAUCGUAUGGCUAUACUUUCUCAUAAGUGUUGGAGAAGCCAUAAACAAACAUCCAAAUCUGGCUCCUAUGAUGCAAUGGAUUUUCCGUAAGUUGAUUCCUUGGAACUCAUUAAUAAAAUACUUGAAUUCAAUUUUGGUAAUAACUCAAUCUAGCUCAAAGCUUCAAGCAAUGAUGAGAGGUUACCUCAAUCUUGAAGGAGGACAAGACAGUUUGAAUUACUUCAAUGAACAUGAAUUUUUACCUGAAGUUUGGAAAUGUUGGGGAACUUUGUGGUACAACUUCAUUGCAACCAAAGUUGAUUAUACAAAUCUAGAAGAAGCUGGUGUUACCAAUGAAAACUUAUUUGAUUUACCAGUUUGUGGUACUAGCCCAAUUAUCAAUGUUGACAAUAGCAAUGGAGGCUUAAGUGGUACUGGUACUGGUACUAGUACUAGUAAAAGAAAAAACCUGCAAGAAGAAGUUAAUGACGAAAGAAUUAUAAGAAUCCUUUUAUUAGCAAUGAGACUCGCAGAUGUCUACGAUUUCGGUUUAGUAAGAACAGAAGAGAUGUUUGCCUUUGACAAAUACACAUAUGAUAAUAUGGAUAACUUAGAAGUUAGUGAGGUCUUCCCAUAUAUGGAAAACUUCUUAUUGAGUGAUGGAAGAUUUAUGCAAAAUAACUUCUUACAAUCAAUUUCUAGUGAGAAUAUUUACCAGAAGUCUCCAAAUGAACUUAAUCCCAGACAGAAAGAUGAGGCAUGGUUUGGAGCUGUCGGUGAAGACGUAGACGAUGAUUUAGAAGAUGACGAAGAUGAAGAUCUUGCAGGAGAUGAGGAUAGCUAUGUAGGUAGUGAAUUUGAUGAUGAGUACGAUGAUAGAAACCUGAAUCAGCAGCAACAACAACAACAACAGAAUUUGAGGCAGUUACAGCUACAACAGUAUCAAAAUCUCCAACACCAAGCUAACCAUAAUCAGUUCCACAACCAGCAAAUAAAUUCUGUGGAUCCCAUGCAGUAUCAUCAUCUUCAACAUCUGCAGCAACACCAACAAUUACAUCAACUUCAUCAACCAACUAGAAGAUAUGGAGGUGAUAUAGAAUCUUUUGACCAAGAUUAUACUGGUGGUUCCAGCUACGGAGGUUCCGAUAAGCAAUUAGAAGGUAAUCUUGGUUAUAGAAUGGAUACUAAUGUCACUUAUAUUACCUUGGACACAAAUAUUUGGCUCAAGCACUGUGGACGAGUAUUUAAGUGUAUCAGAAAUGGAAUAUUCAAGAUCCUGAUUCCAUUGAUUGUAUUUCAAGAACUUAGAUCAUUGAGAAAAUCCGCCGAAGCAACUAUUGCGGAUUCUGCUACUAGAUCUGUAAUUAUAAUCAGAGAAUUAUAUUUAAGUAAAGAAAUUCUACCAUUAAGGUUUGAUGGUACAGUUGCAUCUGAUAUUAAUGAAACUACAGAAUUCGAAAAUAACUCCAAUUGGAGGACUUCGGUAGAUGAGACAAUUUUGAACUCCGUAAAUGAACAUGAUGAAAUUGGAAAAAAGUUAAUGAAAGGUUUAAACGUUCCAAUAAAUGGGCCAGGUAAUAUCAAUCUAAAUGCAAAUAAGAAAGUAGUUCUAGAUGCAAAAUCUGCCAAGAUUUUCUGUUAUUGCAUCUUAAUUACAGAUGACAGAAAUAUGAGACUUCGUGCAAAGACCAUUGGACUCACAAGUUUUCAAAGUCGCAGACUAUUUAGCAUAUUAGAGAGCAUAUUUGCAGAUAAUUGCAUUGAUUGA